GCAGGCCCCGUGUCCCAUGGCAGGGAAUGAGGGGUGUGCGGGAUGCAGAGGGUCUGCCGGACACCGGACACCGGUCACGGCUGUGGGCAGCAGCCCGAGGCUCAGCUCUCCGGCUGCUCUGCAGCCUCCUCACCCCUCCCGGCGGUGCCAUGGGCUUCGGGCCGGAGCUGUGGGGCCCGCAGGGGCACAGCGCGCUGCUGCGCCUGCAGGACAGUGAGCUGCGCCUCCUGGAGCUCAUGAAGAAGUGGAUGUCGCAGCGAGCCAAGAGCGACCGGGAGUACGCAGGGAUGCUGCACCACAUGUUCUCCCAGCUGGAGAAGCAGGAGAGCUCGGGGCAGCUCCGCUCCGGUGACCACAGCAGCCAGACUGCCGAGGUAGGGAUGAGCGGUGUGGUGCCGGACGCUGGCUCUGCCCACGUCGGGCCUGACGCUCUGUCCCUGCAGUCCUGGUGGGUGCUGGCGAGCCGGACCGAGGCGCUGAGCCAGAUCCUGCGCCAGCACGCGGAGGAGCUGGUGGCAGGGCCGCUGGCCAAGCUGAGCCUGCUCAUCCGCGACAAGCAGCAGCUCCGCAGGACCUUCAGUGAGCGGUGGCAGCAGCUCAGCCACGAGUACACCCGGACCACGCAGCAGGAGAUGGAGAAGCUGAAGGCUCAGUACCGCAGCCUGGCAAGGGACAGUGCCCAGGCCAAGCGCAAGUACCAGGAGGCCAGCAAAGACAAGGAGCGGGACAAGGCAAAGGAGAAGUACGUGCGCAGCCUCUGGAAGCUCUAUGCCCUGCACAACCAGUACGUGCUGGCUGUGCGGGCAGCCGCACUCCACCAGCACCACCACUACCAGCGGGCAAUGCCCACCCUCCACCAGUCCCUCUACAGCCUGCAGCAGGAGAUGGUCCUCAUCCUGAAGGAGAUCCUCAGGGAGUACCACAGCAUCAGCAGCCUGGUGCAGGAGGAUGUGCUGGCUGUGCACCAGGAAAUCGCUGGUGCCAUCCAGGCCAUCAACCCUGCCACCGAGUACAGCAGCUUCAUCCAGAGCCACAGGUACAGCUCCGAGGUGCCACCGGAGGUGUCGUUCGAUGAGAGCCUGCUGGAGGAGACCGAGGGCCUGGUGCCGGCUGAGCUGCAGCUGAAUGAGCUGACCAUGGAGAGCGUCCAGCACUGCCUGAGCUCGGUGCAGGAGGAGCUGGCGGCUGCCACCGAGGCCGUGAGCAGCAGGGAGCGGCGGGUGCAGGAGCUGCAGGCGGAGCUCCGGGCUGAGGAGCGGGGCCGGAGCCCGGCGGAGAGGGUGCACCUGCUGGGCAAGCGUCAGGGGCUGCAGGAGCUGCAGCAGCAGCUCGAGGGCUGCAUCUGCACUCAGGCCAAGCUGCGGGCGCAGAGGGACCUGCUGGCCACCAAACUGGAGGAGCUGGGGGCCGGGGAGCCGCUGCCCGCACUGCUGCUGCAGGACGAGCCGCACCUGGGCUGCUCCGUGGAGCAGGAGCGCGGUGGGAGCACUGCACUGGAGACACUCAAGAGCCACAUCUCGGGCAUCUUCAGCCCCAAGUACUCGCUGCCGCCCCCCGUGCCCCUGAUCCCAGAGCUGCAGAAGCCGCUGUGCCAGCAGGUCUGGUACCAUGGGGCCAUCCUGCGCUCCGAGGUGCAGGAGCUGCUGAGCCGCACUGGGGACUUCCUGGUGCGGGAGAGCCAGGGCAAGCAGGAGUCCGUGCUCAGCGUGCUGUGGGACGGGCAGGUCCGGCACUUCAUCAUCCAGGCUGUUGAUAACACGUACCGGCUGGAGGGGGACGGGUUCCCAACCAUCCCACUGCUCAUUGACCACCUCCUGCAGAGCCAGCAGCCUGUCACCCGCAAGAGCGGGGUCGUCCUGGCCAGGGCCAUCCCCAAGGACAAAUGGGUGCUCAGCCAUGAGGAUGUGCUGCUGGGGGAGUGCAUUGGCCGGGGGAACUUCGGGGAAGUGUUCAGCGGUCGCCUGCUCACCGACAACACCCCCGUGGCCGUGAAGUCCUGCAGGGAAACCCUCCCAGCCGAGCUCAAGGCCAAGUUCCUGCAGGAAGCAAGGAUCCUCAAGCAGUACAACCACCCAAACAUCGUCCGGCUCAUUGGGGUCUGCACCCAGAGGCAGCCCAUUUACAUUGUGAUGGAGCUGGUGCAGGGGGGGGACUUCCUGAGCUUCCUGCGCAGUGAGGGGCCCCGGCUGCGGGUGAAGGAGCUGAUCAGGAUGACAGAGAACGCGGCUGCCGGCAUGGAGUACCUGGAGAGCAAGCACUGCAUCCACAGGGACCUGGCUGCUCGGAACUGCCUGGUGACAGAGAAGAACACCCUGAAGAUCAGUGACUUUGGGAUGUCCCGGGAGGAGGACGAUGGCAUCUACUCCUCCACAGGGGGGAUGAAGCAGAUCCCGGUCAAGUGGACUGCUCCUGAAGCACUCAAUUAUGGAAGAUACAGCUCAGAGAGUGAUGUCUGGAGUUUCGGGAUCCUGCUGUGGGAAGCCUUCAGCCUCGGUGCUGUCCCCUACAGCAACCUCAGUAACCAGCAGACGCGUGAGGCCGUGGAGCAGGGUGUGCGGUUGGAGCCGCCCCCCCAGUGCCCCGAGGACGUGUACCGCCUGAUGCAGCGCUGCUGGGAGUACGACCCCCGCCAGCGGCCCAGCUUCAGCACCAUCCACCAGGACCUCAGCACCAUCCGCAAGCGGCACCGGUGAUGGGGAUAACGGGAACCACAGCUCCUUGUGCCCGGAUCCAUCCUCCGGCAGCGGCCGCCUCUGCCUGGGAAGUGGCUGCUGCGCCCGGACACAGCUGUGACCCUUCCCCGUGCUCCCAGCUCCGGUCCCGGGACACGGCACCCACAGCUCCCGGGACACGGCACCCACAGGGCUCCAUGCGCUGCAAUAAACA